AUGUACGAAAACGAUGAUUUUGGCAAUAAAGGUGCCUGGAACACUAUUAGAAAGCUUGGAAAAACCAUCAAGAACACAUGGAAGCCCGACUAUAUUAUCGUAGUCUCUGCUCAUUGGCAGUCGGGAGCUUCCAACCUCGUAGAAGUUGCCAUUCCCAAGAAAGAUGAUGCUGAAAACGACUUGAUCUACGAUUUCUAUGGUUUCCCAAAUCACAUGUAUAAGGAACAAUUCCACAGUAAAAAUUCUGUCUACGUUGCUGAACAUAUCAGACAGCAUUUGGAGCAGAACGGAUUCAACAGUGUAUUGACUCAAAGAGGUAUAGAUCACGGAGUUUGGGUUCCAUUCAAAGUAGCAUUCAGUGACUAUAACACUUUAUCCAAGACUGAAGAUAUACCCGAUUCACCAGGUUUGGAUUUACCAGAGACAGCCGUGAUCCAAGUGUCUUUAACUGCAAAUGACAAAGAUUUCAAUUCCCACUUCAAAUUGGGCGAAGUCUUGAGCCAUUUCAGAGAUAACUUACUCUGGGACGAAACUCAGAACAGAUACUUAACUGGGUUGAUAAUUUGCUCUGGAAUGUCUGUACAUAACUUGAGAGAUCUUGGGAGAUCUUUCUCUCAGCCUGGAGGUAUUAUGCCUUACGUAAAGCCAUUCAACCAGUUAUUGACGAAGACCUUGACAAAGUCUACAGACUUAUUGGCCGAUUUGCUUGAGAUUCAAAGUUCACAAAAGGCUUUGUUGUACAAUGCUCAUCCUACACUAGAGCACUUCGUGCCUGUGGUUGUAGCCAGUGGGAUAGCUAACAAAAACAAGGAGCCAGUGAAAGAACUCUACAACGCUGAAUUGGCUAGCUUGGGUUGGGGCAUAUACCAGUUCGGUCCAUUACCCGUACUUCCCAAGGCUUGA